CGUCGACGCGACGAACGCGGGACGAGCGCGCGCGCGAUGUCUCCGAAGCCGCGCGUGACGAAGCGCGCGCGCGCGAAGGGCGCGAAACUACUCGCGGGAUGCGCGCUGGCGUCGCUCGCGGUGCGCGGUGCGCGCGGGGACGCGACGCAAACGGGAACGACGCGGUUGGGUGUUGACGACGCGCGAGGGUUAGACGAGGCGCCGCGCGAGAGCGGGCGAGCGCGGCGCGCGCGCGCGGGGAUCGCGUCGCUCGGGUACGGUCUGAGUGACGUGCAGCCGAACUUGAACGACGACACGCUGCCGCACGGAAAGCCGGGAUGGCGUUGGAGGUUUGGCUCGAGGGAAGGGCUGAGCUUCGUGUGCCCGGACUCGAACGCCCACCCGAACGCCGACCCGAACGCCAAUCUCGGCGAGGGUGACGAAGACUCGUACUUAGACGAGACCGAUAAUGCGUUGCCCGAUCCUCCUCCGACGCGAUACGUCGUUCGUUAUGGGACGUACGGGCGUUUCGCCGAUACGGGCGUGGACAAGUACAACGACGCGUGGUUUGAAAGCGUCGAACACCAAGCGGACAUCAAGUGGACGUACGGCGUGUGCAGACCGGGUCAAACCAUCAAAUGCGAGUCUUCGACGUUCGGAUACGUCAACCCAUUUCCUAGCAUCGCUGAUGGCAUGCCCGGGAAGAAGUGUCAGUACUUGAACGUGAGAGACAUUCCCAGCCGCGACGUCAACGCGAGCAUCUCCUUCGCUCCUGGCGAACAGCGCAUGGACGUGGACUCGCUCGGCGCGGAGGUGGAUUUGAAUGUCAUCAAUACCAACAAUCGCUGGGGUGUGAGAUCGUUUUAUGUUUUCAGCGCGGGUAAGGUGAAGGCGAUGUUGAAAGAGAUGUUCCCAGACACGGUGAUGCACCAAGACUUUGUGUGGCACUGGUGCGCGAACGAGGGCUCCGACUACCCGUCCUCGGGCUGCGAGUGCAACACGAUGAUGCGCUACGGUUGGACGGGUAACCAGACUUUACAAGCACCGAACCCGGCGGAAGACCCUGACUUUUCUAAGUGGACUAUCGUCGACGCGAGAUUCGAAGACACCCCCGUCAUUCCGUGCAACCAUCACAAGCUCGGCGGCGUGCUUCCGUUUCCGCUCGCGAACGAGCGCAUUUGCCAGUGCUUGGACAACACCACGCUGGCGUUGUUCAACGCCGGUUUGCAAGCCACCAUAGGUGGUCCGGACGUCCCGGGGCAAACGUUGUUCAACAUGACCAACCACACGCAUUACUACAACAAGACGCACGUCGAUUACGUCAGAGAGCAGCACCGAGCGGCGGCGGCGGCGGCGAACGCGUCGGACCAUCCAGCGGACGAUGACGCCGAAACACCCGUCGAAUCCGACCUCGGACGUCGACCCACCCCCGUAGAAAGACAUCGGGCGAAGAUCGCAGAGCUCAGCGCGUCGCGCACCGAUGUCGACUCUAUUCUCACCGCGAGCGGGGCGACGCUCGUCGUCGCCUCUGUCGCCGUCUUCGCCGUCGUGGUCUUCGCUCGGUACAGGCGUUUGCGCGAGUACGAGCGCGUGCCGGAGACGGUGCCGGAGACGGACAUAGAUUUUUAACGCUCUCGCGAGUGGAGGGUAAUAAUUGCAAUCAAUCGUAACACUAAUCACAA